AUGGGAUUCACCACGCUAGCAGCCUUGACUGCCGCCUUGGCCUUUUUCUUCUUCAUUUUACGGACAUUUUCCUUAGAACCAAAGCUUGGCAAAUUACCUCCCGGUCCCAAAGGCAAACCUAUUAUCGGAAAUCUGCUUGAUCUACCCGCAGAAGGGGCACAAGAAUGCACGCACUGGCUAAGGCACAAAGAGCUUUAUGGUCCUUUGAGCUCCGUCACAGUCCUCGGCCAAACAGUGGUUAUUAUCAAUGACAGAGAGCUGGCAGUCCAGAUAUUGGAGAAGAACUCGGCUAAGCAUUCAUCUCGUCCUCGCCUUGUCUUCGCAGACGAACUCUCGGGAUGGGGUAAGACACCCGUAAGUCAAGAUAACACCAGUCUCCUUCGGACAUAUCGUCGGGCAAUGGCUCGCAUCAUCGGAACUCGUGCAGCUGCCUCGAAGUUUGAUCAAUUGCUUGUUGUGGAGGCCCGGCGACUCCUAUGGCGCUUACUUGAUCGUCCACAAGACUUUAUGAAUCACAUCAGAACCGCCGCCGGAGCUUUUGUUCUGAAAAUGACCUAUGGAUAUGACAUUGUUCCCCAUGAUAAAGAUCCUCUGGUUAGCUUGGCUGAUUUGGCACUGGAGCAGUUCUCAAAGGCGGUGGUUCCAGGAGCAUGGUUGGUGGAUAUGAUUCCAGCACUGAAGUACAUUCCAGAGUGGGCUCCAGGGUCGGGCUUCAAAAAGACGGCACGCUUUUAUCUUGAAACCCUCACAAACCUUACCGAGCACCCAUUCAAGUUCACCAAGUACAAAAUGAGCCAAGGUUCUAAUGGUCCAUCGUUCGUAUCCGAGCUGCUCAGCCAGGGAGAGGAUGAAGAUAUCACAAAAUGGUCAGCCGUGGCACUAUAUGGUGGUGGGGCAGACACAACCGUAGCCGCUUUGGCAGGGUUCUUCCUCGCGAUGACACUAUUUCCAGACGUCCAGCGCAAAGCACAAGACGAAAUUGACCGUGUAUUUGGGGAGCCAGCUUUGCCUACGCUUGAUGACCGGGAUAGACUGCCGUAUAUUGAUGCAGUCGUCAAAGAAGUCCUUCGUUGGCACGUGGUCGCGCCACUUGGGGUGCCCCAUCGAACCGAUGAAGAUGAUAUUGUGGCUGGAUAUCUGAUUCCGAAGAACGCCCUUCUGCUGCCUAACAUCCGCGCUUUCAAUCAUGAUCCUGAGGUAUAUCCCGAACCAUCAGUAUUCCGGCCUGAACGAUACCUCCCGGAAGAGGGACGGGAUGUUGAGCCUGAUCCACACGGUACAAGCUUCGGUUAUGGACGUCGCCUCUGUCCGGGCCGUAUCGUUGCUGAUACUUCCUUGUUUUUGACUAUCGCAAAUACUUUGGCUACCUUCAAUAUCACCAAGGGUGUCGGGUCAGACGGUCGGGAGAUUGAGCCGCCUGUUGACUUUACGCCGGGUAUUAUCAGUCACCCUCUGCCCUAUGAGUGCAACUUUACCCCGCGGAGCGAGAAGCAUAAAGCAUUGAUUCUGGACUUUGAGCGUGAAACCCCAUUCGAGAAUAGUGAUGCUGUGGCUUUGAGUGAGGCUCUCAAGCGCAUAUAG